CGUCACAUGUGCGACCUUUCACAUCACAAUUCUGAGACGAAUGGUCUGUACCAAAGGGAAAAGAUUCUUAGCAAAAAUCAUAUAAACGUUUAGUAAACAUGGCAGAUGCAACGUUGGAUGAACUGCAUAAACUUGAGUAUCUUUCCCUUGUCUCUAAAGUAUGCACAGAAUUGGAUAACCAUUUGGGCAUCAACGAUAAAGAUUUAGCUGAAUUUAUCAUAGAUCUUGCUGAGAAAUGCACAACCUUUGAAGCCUUUAAAGCUGCCCUGGCGAAAAAUGGAGCUGAGUUUACGGAUUCUCUAGUUAGCAAUUUGCUGCGUCUGAUCCAAACUAUGCGACCUCCUGCAAAGCCAGCAACUAGUAAAGAAGCACCUAGGUCUGAAAAAGAAAAGAUGAAAGAGUUAUUCCCAGCUCUUUGCCGACCAGACAACCCCAUUGUUCGGACAAUGUUGGAUCCAGAUGAUGUAAAAGUGGCAGCAGAUGCCUUGAAAGCAUUUGAAGCGCUAAUGCCCAGCGCAGCUGGGCCUGAAAUGGAAAGAAGUAGCAAACACAAAAGUAAGAAAAAGAAGAGGAGCCGAAGCCGCAGCCGUGAUCGCAACCGUGACCGCAACCGUGACCACAACCGUAAGAAAAGGUCACGAUCCAGAUCUCGUUCCAGAUCCAGAGAACCAAAAAAAAUCAAAUCUGAGCAUAGAUCUAGAAGCCGCAGUCCCAACAAGGAUCGCCGGAGCCCCAGCAAAGGUUACCAAAGCCGUAGCCAGCAACAGAAAUCACAAAAAUACAAUGAAAGGUGGAGAGAGAAGCAUGUAGACAGACCACCCCCUGAGGAACCAUCAAUAGGAGACAUCUAUAAUGGAAAGGUCACUAGCAUCAUGCAGUUUGGGUGCUUUGUUCAGCUUGAGGGACUAAGGAAACGAUGGGAAGGCUUAGUCCACAUCUCGGAGCUCCGACGAGAAGGACGAGUGGCGAAUGUGGCAGAUGUUGUAAGCAAAGGUCAAAGAGUAAAAGUAAAAGUGCUUUCAUUCACUGGAUGCAAAACCAGCCUCAGCAUGAAGGAUGUGGAUCAAGACACUGGGGAGGACCUGAACCCAAACAGACGCAGAAACCUUGUGGGUGAGAGCAAUGAAGAGGCCUCCAUGAGGAACCCUGACAGACCUAGCCACAUAUCCCUGGUGAAUGCCCCUGAAGUUGAAGAUGAUACACUGGAGAGGAAAAGACUGACUAAGAUCUCUGACCCAGAGAAGUGGGAAAUUAAACAGAUGAUUGCAGCCAAUGUCCUUUCCAAGGAAGAAUUUCCUGAUUUUGAUGAAGAGACUGGGAUUCUUCCAAAAGUGGAUGAUGAAGAAGAUGAAGAUCUAGAGAUUGAGCUGGUGGAAGAAGAACCCCCAUUUCUCAGGGGUCAUACUAAACAGAGCAUGGAUAUGAGUCCUAUUAAAAUAGUAAAGAAUCCUGAUGGUUCCCUCUCUCAGGCAGCCAUGAUGCAAAGCGCUUUGGCAAAGGAGAGGAGAGAGAUGAAGCAAGCACAGAGGGAAGCAGAGAUGGACUCUAUACCUAUGGGAUUGAACAAGCAUUGGGUGGAUCCUCUACCUGACGUUGAUGGCAGACAAAUUGCUGCAAAUAUGAGGGGCAUUGGAAUGAUGCCCAAUGACAUUCCAGAGUGGAAGAAACACGCAUUUGGAGGAAACAAAGCUUCCUAUGGGAAAAAGACACAGAUGUCAAUUCUGGAGCAGAGGGAGAGUCUACCCAUUUACAAACUGAAGGAGCAGCUUGUGCAGGCUGUUCAUGACAACCAGAUACUUAUUGUUAUUGGGGAAACUGGCUCAGGUAAAACUACACAAAUCACCCAGUAUUUAGCUGAGGCCGGCUACACAACCAGGGGGAAAAUUGGCUGCACCCAACCUAGAAGAGUGGCUGCCAUGUCUGUUGCUAAACGUGUAUCAGAAGAAUACGGUUGCUGUUUAGGUCAAGAGGUUGGCUAUACCAUUCGAUUUGAAGAUUGUACAAGCCCAGAGACUGUCAUAAAGUACAUGACAGAUGGUAUGUUACUUAGGGAGUGCCUUAUAGAUCCCGAUCUGACACAGUAUGCUAUAAUCAUGUUGGAUGAGGCCCAUGAAAGGACAAUCCACACUGAUGUUCUCUUUGGACUUCUAAAGAAGACUGUACAGAAACGCCCAGAUAUGAAGCUCAUUGUGACAUCUGCAACACUUGAUGCAGUUAAAUUCUCACAGUAUUUUUAUGAAGCUCCAAUUUUCACCAUUCCUGGACGGACCUAUCCAGUAGAGAUCCUUUACACAAAGGAGCCUGAGACAGACUACCUAGAUGCCAGUUUGAUCACAGUCAUGCAGAUACAUUUAACAGAACCUCCAGGUGACAUACUGGUGUUCUUGACUGGUCAAGAAGAAAUUGAUACCGCUUGUGAAAUAUUGUAUGAGAGAAUGAAGUCCUUGGGUCCUGAUGUGCCAGAGUUGAUCAUCCUUCCUGUUUAUUCUGCAUUGCCUAGUGAGAUGCAGACACGAAUCUUUGAUCCGGCUCCUCCAGGAAGCAGAAAGGUUGUCAUAGCUACUAACAUUGCAGAGACUUCCCUGACAAUUGAUGGCAUAUAUUAUGUGGUGGACCCUGGAUUUGUAAAACAGAAAGUUUAUAACUCCAAGACUGGUAUAGAUCAGCUGGUUGUAACACCAAUUUCUCAGGCACAAGCCAAACAAAGAGCAGGUAGAGCUGGAAGGACAGGCCCAGGAAAGUGUUACCGGCUUUACACUGAGCGUGCCUACCGUGAUGAGAUGCUCACCACCAAUGUACCUGAAAUCCAGAGAACUAACCUGGCCAGUACAGUCCUGUCACUGAAGGCCAUGGGGAUCAAUGAUUUACUUUCCUUUGAUUUUAUGGAUGCUCCUCCAAUGGAAACCUUGAUCACUGCCAUGGAGCAGCUUUAUACCCUUGGGGCACUGGAUGAUGAAGGUCUGCUCACCCGUUUGGGGCGUAGGAUGGCAGAAUUUCCACUGGAGCCCAUGCUGUGUAAAAUGCUGAUCAUGUCAGUUCACCUUGGCUGCAGUGAGGAAAUGUUAACCAUUGUUUCUAUGCUGUCUGUCCAGAAUGUAUUCUACAGGCCCAAGGACAAGCAAGCUCUUGCAGACCAAAAAAAAGCAAAGUUCCACCAGACUGAGGGAGAUCACCUGACGCUCCUGGCUGUAUAUAACUCCUGGAAAAACAAUAAGUUUUCCAACCCUUGGUGCUAUGAAAAUUUUAUCCAAGCUCGCUCUCUUAGGCGUGCUCAGGAUAUCCGCAAACAGAUGUUGGGCAUUAUGGACAGGCAUAAGCUUGAUGUUGUGUCUUGUGGAAAAGCCACUGUAAGAGUACAGAAGGCGAUAUGCAGUGGCUUCUUUCGAAAUGCUGGGAAGAAAGAUCCACAGGAAGGAUACCGGACCCUAAUAGAUCAACAAGUGGUCUACAUUCACCCAUCCAGUGCACUCUUUAAUCGACAACCAGAAUGGGUUGUGUAUCAUGAACUAGUCUUGACCACCAAAGAAUACAUGCGUGAAGUUACCACAAUUGAUCCACGAUGGCUUGUAGAGUUUGCGCCAGCUUUUUUCAAAGUCUCUGACCCCACCAAGCUCAGCAAACAGAAGAAACAGCAGCGUCUAGAACCACUAUACAACCGAUAUGAGGAGCCCAAUGCUUGGAGAAUAUCCAGAGCUUUCAGACGCAGAUGAUGUGGCAACUGCAUUACAAUCUUUUGUUAUGCAAUUUCAUAAAAUGACUUAUUUGCACAUUGGAGAAUGACUUUUUUUUAACAUAGGGAAAAAGUAUGUAUUGGAUUCUAAAGAUGAGGUUUCAACAUAUUAAAUGGUGUACUAUUUUACUAUAGUGUUUUUUAUUUGUAAUACUCAUCCCUAAGAAAAGAAAACCAUAACUAAGUACUCUGUAAAUGUAUAUUUAAUAAUGUAGCCACAUUGGCGCUUUGAUGGGGUAUUCAGAUCAUAUCAGGAGUGGAAGGAAACAUAUUGGUAUGUAGAAGAUUACAGUGUUACUCUGUUCAUUCAAAAGGUUUAAAUAUCUUUUUGUUUGCCUUCACCUUCUGGUUGUUGUUUUUUUUUUUUUUAAACGUGCUGUAUAUUCAGUAUUCUGGGUUAUUAGAUUUUGAGUUUGACAAAUAUAUAUGUCAAACUGUAAAAAAUAUGUUUUUUAUGUGAGCAUAUAUGCUAUUUAAUGCCCAAUUGCCAGUUUUCUGGUCUAUGUUUAUAUAAUUGCUAAUUCAAAUCAAUGAUUAAAUCACGUUUCUCCCUAUUGGGAUAGUUUAUCUGUUGGUAUUGCGAACUAUUGUUGUGUAUUAUUCACAAUUCUUUUUUAAUCUUUGUAAAAAUACAAACAAUGACAUUGUAUAUUAAAGGCUGUGUUUUCAACUUUA